AACCACACCUCCAGACAAGCGAUGCAGAGAUCACACCCGCUGCCUCAUCAGUUUUCCUUCCCAACCGUGCAGCAGCAGCAGCUCGCGCCGCACAGCCGCCAUCGCCGGGCUCCAGAGUUAGCAGUGCCACUGCACACCCGGGCACGGUGCGGUCCCGCCCGGCCGGAGCUCUCCGCACCCGCCGCCUCCCGAAGCGAAUCCCGGCCUCUGGAGCGCGGCGGGGGAUUAGCGGUACCUGACGUGAUCCCCUCGGGGCUCAGCGUUCCCAUCUCGCCCUCAGCCCUAGAACAGCGGGCUGGGACUGCGCCGCGGCUUCGUUCCCGCUCGGGCGUUGCCAGCGGCUCCGCCUCCGGGGCCGCCUGAGGUGCCGGCACGGGGGCGGCUCCCGCCACGCGAGCACCGGCGUUGGCACCCGCGCAAGGCGCAGCGCAGCCGCUCCGGUCCUGUCCGCCGCCCCAGGUUCAACAGUGACCACUCUUGAUUCAUAUAACUCACAGCAAAGCCUCCAUCUGUCUCAUGGAUUAUAGAUCUAAAUUGCUGAGUUCUAAGAUUUGAGCUGAGGCAGUGGGAGUGUGUGAGUGGAAGUCAACUGGAUGCUGAGAUGUGUUAAGAACCUCAAGAGAAGAAUAGAAGAGCACUUUCCUGAGGCACUGAUGGCUUCGGUAACAGAUGCCAGAUACAGGCAGAAAGAUACUUCGGAUCAAAAUUUUGAUUACAUGUUCAAACUCCUGAUCAUUGGCAACAGCAGCGUGGGUAAAACAUCCUUCCUCUUCAGAUACGCCGAUGACACUUUUACGCCAGCCUUCGUCAGCACAGUAGGAAUUGACUUCAAAGUGAAAACAGUUUAUAGGAAUGACAAGCGGGUGAAACUGCAGAUUUGGGAUACAGCUGGACAAGAAAGGUACAGGACCAUCACUACGGCCUACUACCGAGGAGCCAUGGGCUUCAUCCUCAUGGCCACACAAAUCAAGACUUACUCCUGGGACAACGCACAAGUGAUCCUGGUUGGAAACAAAUGUGACAUGGAGGAUGAAAGGAUUGUGCCUUUGGAGAAAGGGAAACAUCUGGCUGAUCAGCUGGGUUUUGACUAUUUUGAAGCUAGUGCCAAAGAAAACAUCAACGUAAGGCAGGUGUUUGAGCGUCUCGUGGAUAUAAUCUGUGAAAAGAUGUCAGAGAGUAUAGAGUCAGACCCCUCCAGGGGCACUUCGGGAAGGAACGUGCGGCUCACAGACAACCCACCCCCUUCGCAGCAGAACUGCUCGUGUUAGUGACCCUUCUUGCUGAGAAAUGUCCUUCUCCUUUCCUGACUAGAUUUUAUCUUUUCAUUUGUGUUGGUGCGUUACCAUGUAGUCCAAAGGCAGAAGUCUCUGUUGUAGGAAACUGGUAUGUUUAAUGUGCUGGAGUGUUUAAUAUAUAUUAUCUGAUAAUUUAAAAACAAAAACUGAAUAAAUAUUGUAAGUGCACGUAGUGUUAAUGUGUGAGUUACACUGAAUGAAGAAAAAGAAUAGUAUAGUGUUGCAAGUGUCUAGGUUUGGAUCUACUCUGAUCAACUGCUCAGUGGCGGAUGAGUUGCAGGAUGAUGGAAAGGAGGAAGUGGCUCCUGCGUGUUUAGCUGGAGGCAAGUUCUGGCAUGUAAGACUUAGCAACAGCACUGCCUCAGAAAAAUAGAAGGAGCCAAAGUAUUAUUGCCAAUAUUGUUCGAUUUUCUCUCUGUGUUUUGUUGUUGAUUUCUUUUUUUAAUUUUGUGCUAGGUGGGUACAUGUGUGAGGAUAGAUCUUUUGGUUUCAGGUUCAACCACUAAGUGUAAUUUUAGGAGAAGUGUGUGGGGAAAGAUGUGAUGAAUAAAACAUAGCUUCUGAUGAAAAACAGCAAAGAUAUCCUGUCAGGUACACUACAGACAUCACGUGAUUCUUGAAGGGAUGGAUAAUUUUUAAUAUCCAACACCUAAAAUAUUAUUGUACUAAAUAUAUACUCGUGCUAAAAUACAAAGCUACGUAUGUGUGUAGAACUCCGUAUGUGUGCAGUGGCCACGUGCAGAGCUUGUAUUUCUCUGAAAUAUAAGGAACUGCUUUUGUGAAUUUGUAAAAUCGUGUAGCAUAUGCCUUUGGUCGUGAUCACACCAUUGUUUGCACAUCCCAGCUCCAAACAGUGACUGCAAACUGCAUCUGUAAACGUAAAUUAGGUGGAUAUAGAAAAAUUUGCUGCAUUAAUGGUGAAAUUAUGAAAAGUUUUAUGGCUUUACCAUAGGCCUAUAAACUCCUCUGACCAAGGAGAUUUUCUGUUGUCAGAAACUGGAGUCCAGUAUCUGCCCCCCGCACUGUGAGCUGCCUGAUUACGGCACUAGCAAACGUUUUCGUAAUUUUGUUCUGUUGCAUCUCAAAGUGUAUUAGUUCUAAGAAAAAAACCCCAUGGUAUUCUGGAGAAAAAUACAACUAUCUUGAUGUUGUUUGAGCUCAUCGUGCUUGAGGCGUGAUCCCUUUGCAACAGAGUUUGUUGCUUUCAGAAAUCUUUACUGUGACAUUUGGGUGUGUGUGAUCUAGUACUGAAAACGCGACUUGUGCAGUGCUAGGAGCGUGAUUAUUGUAUCUAAACCUCCUGAAACUGCAAAAUAAAGAGAAAUGCUGUCA